CUCCGAAUGUAACACGCUAUUGGCCGACUCUUAAUGUCAUGAAACUCCAUUGGGUGAACGGACAUACGCCUAUUGUCAUCCCAAAAGAACAUAACCGACGACAAGGUGAUCCAUGUGUGUCUGACUGAGCCAACAGGAAGUAUGCUGACAGCACGGAGAGCGUGUGCAGCACUUGCUGCGCGGCGCAUGGUUAGAGCUUCUGUCUCAGGCCAGGUGCACCACUGUUUGAUUCACAAUUCCGCACCAAGGCAGGACCAGUCUGAGCUGCAUUCAGAAUGGGCCAGUCUGGCUAAGAAACAGCUUAAAGGGAAGAACCCAGAGGACCUGAUCUGGCACACGCCAGAGGGUAUCAACAUCAAGCCUGUAUACACUAAAGUAGACUCAGCUGCUGGUGCUGAUGAAUUGCCAGGAGUGUUUCCAUAUACUAGAGGACCCUAUCCCACUAUGUACACAUACAGACCAUGGACUAUCAGGCAGUAUGCUGGCUUUAGCACUGUGGAGGAAAGCAACAAGUUCUAUAAAGAUAACAUCAAAGCUGGACAGCAGGGUCUUUCUGUGGCCUUUGACCUCCCAACACACCGUGGUUAUGAUUCAGAUAACCCCCGUGUCCACGGAGAUGUUGGCAUGGCUGGAGUUGCCAUAGAUACAGUUGAGGACAUGAAGUUGCUUUUUGAUGGAAUACCACUGGAGAAGAUGUCUGUUUCAAUGACAAUGAAUGGGGCAGUUAUUCCUGUGUUGGCUAUGUUUAUUGUGGCUGGAGAGGAGCAGGAUGUGCCCAAAGCCAAGCUAACAGGCACAAUUCAGAAUGACAUUUUGAAGGAGUUCAUGGUACGCAACACCUAUAUUUUCCCCCCGGAACCUUCUAUGCAUGCCAUUGCAGACAUCUUUGCCUACACCUCCAAGCACAUGCCUAAGUUCAACUCAAUAUCCAUCAGUGGAUACCAUCUUCAGGAGGCUGGAGCUGAUGCCAUCCUGGAAGUGGCCUACACCAUUGCUGAUGGCCUUGAGUACUGCCGCACAGGCCUGAAAGCGGGCUUAAACAUCGAUGAGUUUGCCCCAAGGCUAUCAUUCUUCUGGGGUAUUGGGAUGAAUUUCUACAUGGAAAUCGCGAAGCUGAGGGCAGCCAGGAGGCUAUGGGCCACGCUCAUUCAAGACAACUUCCAGCCCAAGAAUGCAAAGUCUCUUCUCCUCCGCACACACUGCCAGACCUCAGGCUGGUCUCUCACUGAACAAGAUCCAUACAACAAUGUGAUCCGGACUGUGAUUGAGGGCAUGGCAGCUGUGUUUGGCGGCACACAAUCACUCCACACCAACUCCUUCGAUGAAGCCCUGGGAUUGCCCACAGUGAAGAGCGCUCGCAUUGCUAGGAACACCCAGAUCAUCAUCCAGGAGGAGUCAGGCAUUCCCAAAGUCGCUGAUCCCUGGGGCGGCUCACACAUGAUGGAGUCUCUCACAGACGAUGUCUACAAUACAGCCCUGAAGUUCAUUAAAGACAUUGAAGAUAUGGGAGGCAUGGCCAAGGCUGUGGCAGAGGGUAUUCCAAAACUUCGGAUUGAGGAAUGUGCAGCACGCAGACAGGCCCGCAUUGACUCAGGAUCGGAAGUCAUUGUUGGUGUGAACAAGUACCGCCUGGAAAAAGAGGAGAGUGUGGAAGUGCUGGCCAUAGAUAACACUGUUGUACGUGAGAAACAGAUUGCAAAACUGAAAAAGGUGAGGGAAAAUCGUGAUUCCGAGACAGCAAAGAAGUGCCUGGCAGCCAUUGAGGACUGUGCUCGAACCAGGGAGGGUAACCUUUUAGCGCUGGCUGUGGAGGCAGCUCGAGCAAGAUGCUCUGUUGGUGAAAUUACCGAUGCCAUGAAGAAAGUGUUUGGCGAACACAAAGCCAGCACCAGGAUGGUGAGCGGAGCUUACCGCAGUGAGUUUGGGGAGCAUGAAGAGAUUUCCCUCGCCCACAACAGAGUUUCAGAUUUUAAGACGCACGAGGGCAGGAAUCCUCGACUGCUGGUGGCUAAGAUGGGACAGGAUGGACACGACAGAGGAGCCAAAGUUAUCGCCACAGGAUUUGCUGACCUGGGCUUUGAUGUGGACAUUGGCCCACUGUUUCAGACUCCCGCUGAGGUGGCCCAGCAGGCGGUCGAUGCAGACGUUCACUGUGUUGGCGUCAGUACUCUGGCUGCGGGACACAAGACUCUGGUUCCGGAGCUCAUCAAGGAACUACGGAAGCUCAACAGGCCAGACAUCCUUGUCAUCUGUGGAGGUGUCAUUCCACCACAGGACUACGAGUUCUUGUACCAGAGCGGUGUGUGUGCCAUCUUUGGCCCAGGAACCAGGAUCCCACAAGCUGCAGUGGAGGUUAUUAACAGCAUUGAGAAGAGUCUGGAAAACAUACGCCAGGCCAUGUGAACUCAUAAACACAAGCACAAAAGAAACAAAGUAUAAAACAAACAACAAAAGCCGUCAAUUUCGACAAAGAUCUUCAAAUCCCCACUGUGUGUUCACAGCAUGAAGAGGGAUGGAAAUCCAUAAAACCUGGUGCAAUGUCAUGCUUGUAUUAACAUCAAAUUCUCCCCGUCUGUGUCUGAAUUCCGGGUAAUUACUAAUGGGAUCAUCUGCUUUGACCUCACAAGGAAAAAAAGUCAAGUCAGAUCACAAACAUUGUUCAGUGUUCUUUCAUUCAGGAAAUUGCACAGAAUCUGUCACGCAGAACAUCUUCAUAACCCAUUAAAUAGUUUUUUUCCUAUCUGUGAUGCAGGCUUAUGUAUAACGUGCAUGGUUUGUCAACAGUCCUGAAAUACCUUUUUUAUAUAAAUUGGAGCCUGGACUUGCAGUGAAAACAAUAGUCGUUAGUUGUAUCUUCUUAACGAUUUAUGACUCAAAGGUCGACUGUUAGACACAUGUAUCGAAUACACCAUCAAUUUUAAAUUUUAAUACAUUAAUCAUGUGAGACGAGCGACACAGAGCAUUUCUCUUCAUCUAGUGUAAAACAAAGGAGGACACUGUAAACAUUGGAAUGUAAUAUUGUAUAAUGUAUGUAAUCCACAGUUGUCAUGAAGGGUUUGAUAAAUGUGAGAAACACCGAAAACACCUCCUUGCAACCAUUAUUGUCUUUUAAGUUACUGUGUCGUCAUGGAAGUGCAUCGUGCUUCAUUUAAUAACCAGGUUUUCUGUCAAGGGAGAAAAUAAUGCAAUCACAGUUUAUUAAAAGAAUAGGUGAAAAUUGUAUUUUUCUAUGUGUGAAUUUUGAAUCUGAUCCCUUUGUUCAAAAUAAUAAAGUAUGUGAGCUUUCAAA